UAAUUUAAGAUAAUGGGUCUUUGGGCAUGGACUUUAAAUUAGAUGUUAACACCAAAAUUUUGGACAUUAGUGAGAAGAGAAGGUAUUGAAAAUAAAAUAAUUAGGAUUUUGGUAAACAUAUAUUAGAAUGCACAGAGCAUAAUCUAGAUCUAGUCAUUAUGCAGGAGGAUAAAAUGGACCAAUAUAAUGUAUAGGACAAGAUUAAUUUGGUAAUAAAUAUUAUGAAGAUUUUGAUGUUACACGUAACUGAUUGAAUUAAAUUGAUAGAUCGAAAUCAAAGAAGAUGGGUUGAAUAUAAUGAUUAUUUUAACCCAUGGCAUACACUUGGUGACAGAAUACCACCGGUUUGGCAUGGUUGGAUGGCUCACGUUUAUGAUGAACUUCCAUCUAGAACUGGGCAUUCAUAUUUUGUUUAACCAUUCUAUUAAUAGCCAGCAACUGACAAUUAAUCUCAUACUCCACAUCAUUACUUUCCAUAAGGUGCAAUGUAGAAUUUGAAUAGAUUGGAAUUUAUGUACAAAAAAAUAAAAAUAUCCCUUUUGUUAGAAAGUAUCACAGAAAUAGAAGAGCAGCACCAUUUGAGCCUGGAUAAGUUUCAGGAUUUGAAGGAAAAAAAUUAGUUGUUGAAAAAUAAACAUACUCAGAAGAUGUAAUGGCUAGAAGAGAAUGAAUUAUUCAAAAAAACAAUACCAU